AUGAUCUUCGCCUACGCCCUGAGUCACGGCGACACCAAGCUACACAUAAUUCCCAGUAUACAAGACGGAUCCGGUGGAACAGGCUGCUGGAAGCAUCGCAGCUGGCCAGAUCCUGUCAACGUCAGUCUGCUCUACGUGUGUCGCCAAAUUCACCUCGAGACCGCUCUAUUUCCGUACGAGCUCAAUGUCUUUGUGGUCUACGGUCACUACAACGCUGCCAAAGACUUCUUUGAACUUAUCUGCUCACACCCCAACCCCUACUCUAGCGCGUUCAUUUCUGAGAUGCAACCAAAGUACGCCAGCAUGGACUCCUCCAGGAAGGAGGUGAACAAGGAGCGCGCAAUCAUACAGCGUGCGGAGAAGUUGAAAGUCGAGGCCGCGCAGCAGGAACUACGGCUGAACCAAAUGUAA